AUGGCCAUGACGUCAUGGCUGCUGACACUUGUGAUGGUGACGUCACCAACCGUCACUCUGUCAUCAGGUGCUGAGGUUUCUGCCCUUGAUCCUCCAGUAGCCCCACAGUCUGGGCGGGUUCCCACAGGGUUACAGCACGAAGAGGAACAGAAGACGGACGCUUGGCGGAACAAAGUGUACCCGCUGAGAGAGGUAAGCUACUUCACACCGCCGACGAGGAAUGCGUCCUUCGCCGUUGAAACAGUGACUCCAACCGAGAGUAAGUUGAUGUUUUUGCUGUGCUCCCGUGGCUACUUCAUCUCCAACAUGUCUGUCCGCUUCGGCAGCAUUGCGCAGCUCCGGUCUAAUAGUACAAGUGUCCGUCUGUACGGACUGAGAAACUUUCCUACAUACAUCACCAGGAACUCCACUGGAAUCCAUCGGGAGAAAGAUGGAAUGUACCGCGCCCAGGGUUCCUCCAGUCCACGGUACCACCCCGUGGGCACGGGCUGCGACCCGGCCCUGCGCUGUCUGUGGCACCAAGCCUGCAUACUCAAACCAAGCCCCAGGCUGUGUGGGUACGACUCACAGCCGGAGAAAAGAAAACUCUUGGAAGUUAAAUACCUCUGCGAGGCAGACUCAUCGGUAGACGGUCUGACAUACGAAGAACAUCAAAGAAAACGCAGAGAAGAUGUUUUAUAUAUUUCUGUGACUGGGAUGGCCAAUGGGACAGACGUUAUCCAAUGGAGCACUGUGGCUGAAAGUGACAUAUUUUCUAUCAUGUGUCCUGGACCUGAACAAAGCGAUUUUGAACGAUAUAACGGCGUCUGCGAUGGCAAGCCUCCACCCCCUGAGCAGGUCGUCAGUGAUUUGUGGAAAGUUGUCGCCAGAGUGCCGAGUGAAGCAUGCCGGGAAGAGGUGCUGCAGGUGUACUGCGCCUACCGCUAUAACAAACAUGGCGGCUGUUUGCCGCCUCUUGUCACCAAUGCCUCACAGGUGAACAAAGACGGGGGGAUGUUGUACAGUGACAUUGCUCUACCGAGGAAAGGGCCCCGUCCUGAAGACAGGAAACAUGAAGAAGUGUUGGCUCAUCCGCACGUGAGUUUGAUCCCAGCACGCACUGCGUUCGUGUUGCUGGUACACAACAACCCAGAAGCAGCCGUUCAGUUACUGGAUUCACUUUACCGCGAAUAUUUUCACUACGUAAUCCACGUGGAUAAAAGCAAACCACUCGUGCGGAAGUACCUUGUGCACCUUCUUGAAGGGAAAUUCCCGCAUGCUGAAAACAUUAGGGUACUUCCAGACCAAAGGUCAUUCAGAUCGUCCUGGGGCUCCUACAACAUACUGCGAGCAGAACUAGAGGCGACAGAGGAGUUAUUACGCAUGGGCAGCUGGGACUUCGUCAUCAACCUGAGUGGGUCGGACCUGGCUCUGAGAGAUGUGGACGACAUCGCCGCUGCCCUGGCACCGUACAGAGGUAGAAAUUUCCUCCGGCUCACCAAGCGAUACAGGGAUGGAGUCCGAAAAGCAUCUCCCGACCGUAUCAACACCGCGUGGUACAGCUGCGAUGGAUAUGUGUAUAACGUGACAAGGCGGGGGGACCCUCCGGCAGGGGCGGACAUCAGCGGUUCGUCCCAGUGGGCUGUUCUCAGCAGGGACUUUGCGGAAUUCGCAGUAUCAAGCAAAAGCCAGGACAAAAGCAUCGACUUUAACAGUCUCCAGUUCUACAUGCAGACUACGGCUAUUCCUGAUGAGAAAUACCUGGCAUCUAUCCUCAUGUCAUCACAGUUCAGAGACACGCUCAUUUCGGCACACCUGCACCGCCUGGCGCCGUUCCAGGGGAAGGACCAGCUGGGUGCCUGUCGACAUGGACAUGAGACGGACAUGUGCGGCAAGGGCCCGCGGACGUUCCGGGAGAAAGACGUCCCACUACUGCUGAACGUCUCACGACGGUUUAUGUUCGCCAGGAAGUUUGAGGGGCAGCCGGAGGAUCCUACAAGGCGCGCCGUCUUACACUGGCAGAGAGGGCUGUUUUACCUGGAGCUGCAACGUCACCAUGGGGUUUCGGACGCGCUGUUGAGGGCACUGGCUCAACGUGCGUGCGAGCACUUUCUUGGGGACGGACACUCACAGGUCUGCAGCUCCGUGUACGUCGUUAGCUGGCGGGUGCUGCCCCGCCUGGUGCCUGAUAAAUCCAGCUGCUGCGCGAAGAUCAGUAGGCGCUCAUCCUCGCGAUACUGGAUAGACUUUACCAUGGAUUAUGGAACACGGAUGAAUAUGAGAGCAUCACUUGCAUACACUCAAAGAGGAACGUGCUUUGAUCGAGGACAUAUCAAAUAUUUCGAAGUGUCAACAAGGAAAUGGGAGACCAAUAUGUCACACACCGUGUUGCCUGAACUAGAGGAGGCGGGGGCAACCACGGUGUACCUUAGGCUGUACGCACAGGCAACACAGGAGGUGGAAGAAACGGGGACAUGCACCCUAAACCAACCGAACAAAGGAAAAGGCAAGGAGACCACCUUUGCUCGGUUUGACAAUAAAAAUCCGGGCAAUUGGCAAGAGAGCAAAUAUACUAUCUUGCAAUUCUCCGUCCGGUUAUUGAACCCCCAAGGUGAAGAACACUGUCGCAAGUUAUCAUCAUUCAUGUGGAACCCGCCAAAAGCUCGGCGGGGCAUAGCGCUGCAGGACAAACUUGUGUGCGGCCACCUGUAA